CUUCGCGCAGCCGACGCCUUGCCAUACUCAACUCGAGGAGCGGGCAAAGUUCGCGGCGAUCCUUGAUGGUGAAUGGGACGCGUACAACAGUGGCGUGCGGGCUGCAAACACAGAAUACAGAGCGGUCAACCAAGACCAUCCGGAGAUAGUCUACACGACAUGGCCUCCGAUGUUGACCCAGACCGACGAACACUCGGGGAAGAUGUCGGUGUCACAAUACCUACCCAAUGUACCGACAUUCAGCCAUGUGGACCCUACGCUGCAAAAUGACCAGCCAGCUACCACACGAGAUGUGGGGGCAGCUCAGCCGGGGAAACAGCAAUCCAGCCAGCGGAAGCAGGCUUUCCGUGUGGUUGACAAACUUGUCACAGCACGUAUGCUGGCGCAGGAGGAGGGAGAUGGGGAGUUACUCCUUCGGGAGAUCACGAAUCUUACUCUCGCCGCCGCCGCUCAGGAUACCGAGCUGGAGAGGGUUGCAGCGUCGAUUGGCGGUCCCAGAGAGAGCGCGCCCAUCGCACCGCCUGUGCAGGCAGAUGCAGACCGGGCCUCGACGCCUUGGGAGGAAUGGGCGCCCCAGGCGACCUCCACUCCGCGUCUGAGCCCAGGGUCCUCGGCGACAUUGCUCAGUCCCGCGGAUAACUUGAUGCCGCUAGUAGCAUUGACCGAAAAGAGUGAAAGGGAGAUCUAAUGGAGUAGGAGUUGGCCGCGGGAGUCCGCGCGUGGGAUGUUGAGUGCGGAAAAUCGCUUCUCAAUUUGAAAACGUGGAACUGGUGGUAUGAGGCAAGACUUCGGGUUAGGGGGCCUGCACGCGUAGGAUAUGGAAGUUGAAAGUAGUCGAGU